CUUUCUCUCUCUCUCUUUUCGUUUCUUUCUUUCUUUCUUUUUUUUAUAUAUUCUUCUUCUUCUUCUUUCACUCAAAAAACCCAACACAUUACCAUGAAGCUGUCAUUGAUCCUUUCCUGCGCCAUUGUCAUGUUCUCGGCCACCCUUGUCCAGGCUGAUAGUCUUCAGGAUGAAAUCGAUGCUGCAACCAAGAAGUUCUGUGGAGGCAUCAAGGUCACUGCCCCUACCACCAACAAGGUCUUCUCCGACCCCAAGAAGGUCAAGGUCACCGUCACCAGAGUCCCCAACUCACUUGCCAAGGUUAUCAACGGUGUCGAUAUCUACUCCAUUAACUCCAAGGGUAAGCCUACCUACCUCGGUACUCCCUGGAAGGGAACAUACAAGCUCACCAAGUCUGCCACUCUUACUGUAAAUGUCAACAAGGUCAAGGGCCUCAAGUUCCCCUCCCAGUUCAUGUUCCGUGUCUGGGUUCACAACACCAGUGGUCCUGAUUGUACCUUGAUGUCCAAGGUAUUCAAGGUCAAGUCUGGCUCUCACAGCAACGCUGCCGAGGAAGAUGAACAGAUUAACGCAUUGGAUGCCAACAUCGACCGUGGUUGCUUCGGUGUCGAUAUUACCAACCCCGCUACUGGCGAUCACAAGAGUUCUGGUGCUCUUGAUUCUGUCCAGAUCCAGCGUGAUUCUUCUUCCCCUGUCGAAGUCUUCAAUGCCCUCACUCUCUUCAAGGUCGAUCUUAGCACCCGCGAGCCUGUCCAGGUUGCCGAUGCCUGGGCCGGAAACGAGACCGUCCACAGCAUGUUCAACAUCAAGUCUACUCUUCCCACCGUAGAUGCUGCUGAUGCUGCUGCCUUUGCUUACUACUACAAGCUUUCUACUACCACCCAGCAUGAGGAGUCUUGCGAUUUCUACUCCCAUCCCUUUUACCUUGAUGCUUAAACCAUAAAACAAAAAACAAAUACUCUUUAAACGUUGAAACAACCAGAAUCAACUAAACAAAGAAAAAGAAAAAAAAAUCCAUCCCAAAUCCUAUCUGUCAAAUCUCUCUCGCUUCUUCUUAGUCGUUGUCCUUAUUAUUCUCCCUCUUUUAUUUUACUUCUUUUAUUUUCUUAAAUGCAUUCAACCCAAGCCUAUAAACCCAAACAUUUUUAAUCUCUAUCUUUAAAGAGAGAGAGAGUAUAAAGAAAUAUAUAUUCAAUGAAAGGAAAUAUCACUGUUUUUACUAUUCU